AUGUUGCACCUCAAUAUUGAGGGCAAAAAUAUGGAUCUGACUGCGGUCAGCAACCAGGAGGAAAUCAUAUGGAAGGUAUUGAUCUUGGAUACCAGAAGUACGGCGAUCGUUUCCUCGGUACUUCGGGUCAAUGAUCUUUUGACUUGUGGUAUUACCAUGCACACCCUAAUAAAUGCCAAAAGAGCUCCCUUGCCCGAUGUCCCAGUGAUAUACUUUGUGGAGCCCAAACCGGAGAACAUUCAGCGCAUCAUGCACGAUCUGGAAAUCGAGCACUACGCAGAUUUCUAUAUCAACUUCACCUCCAGUUUGAGCAGAGAGCUGCUGGAAGACUUUGCGAAGAAAGUGGCUGCUUCAGGGAAAAGCCACAAGAUAAAACAAGUGUUUGAUCAAUACUUGGACUUCAUCGUUACGGAGCCUGACCUUUUCUCUUUGGAUCUCCCAAAGAUCUACAGUCAGUUUAACAAUCCCACCACAACUGAGGAUGAGAUCACUGGAAUUGCUGACAAGAUCUCAAAUGGGUUAUUUGCCACGAUUCUGGCGAUGGGUUCGGUACCGGUCAUCAGAUGUCAACGUGGAGGACCGGCUGAACUGGUUGCGCAGAGACUAGACCAGAAGCUUAGGGACCAUGUCAUUAACACAAAAUCUCAGUUGAACAGCACGGAGGCAACAAGUAUUCAAAGAUUGGUUCUAAUCUUGUUGGACAGGAACAUUGAUUUAGCCUCCAUGUUCGCGCAUUCAUGGAUCUACCAGUGCAUGGUUAGUGACGUCUUCAGACUCCACAGGAAUACCAUCACCAUAACGGGCGGUCAAGAUGAUUCGACAAAAAAGUAUGACAUUGAUCCAAGGGACUUUUUCUGGUUUAAGAAUGCCCAAUUGCCUUUCCCAGAUGCUGUUGAAAACGUGGAGAAGGAACUGGCAAAGUACAAACAGGAUGCCCAGGAACUAACCAAUAAAACUGGUAUAUCUUCAUUGCAAGAUAUCGACCCAAAUUCAAGUGACACUUUGCAUAUACAACAGGCCGUGAAAGCAUUACCAGAACUAACUGCAAGGAAGUCUAUCAUUGACAUGCACAUGAAAGUGUUGGCGGCCUUGCUCCAAGAACUGGAGUCGAAAUCGCUUGAUGCUUUCUUUGAGGUUGAACAAAAUGUGAAUGACCCCAAAGUGCAGAAGCAGUUCUUGGAGAUUCUUAGACAGGAAACAAAAGGAGACAACAAGAAGGACAAACUGAGGACUUACAUCAUUCUUACAUUAUUGUCGGAUAUUCCAAAAUCUUUUGCCACUGAAGCUGAGACAGUUUUGACCGAGCUGGGCUGCGAUCUUUCUUCUUUGAAUUACAUCAAACGGGUCAAAGAAGUCAUCAAGUUGUCAGCAAUGUCUAACUUACAAUCUGCUUCCUCGGGCUCCCUAUCUGGAUCUGGAAACGGCGAAAACAAAUCUGCUCUUUUCAAUGGCCUUUCGAACAAGUUGUAUGGCUUGACUGAUGGAAGGUUAUCUGAAGGUGUGGGAUCUUUGAUCACCGGUCUCAAGAAAUUGUUACCAGAGAAAAAGAAGCUGCCAAUAGCAAACGUUGUGGAAUCGAUAAUGGAACCAAACUCUGCCAACCAAGCAUCUGCAAGCCUUACCGACGAGUACCUCUACUUCGAUCCUAGAUUGACCAGGGGUGUUCACUCAAAGCCGCCAAAAAGACAAUCUUAUAACGAGUCUAUAGUUUUCGUUGUAGGAGGUGGGAACUACUUGGAGUACCAGAACUUACAAGAGUGGGCCAAUGGAACAGGAGUGACUCCUUCGUCCAAGUUAGUUGUGUAUGGCAGUACGUCGGUGCUCACUGCAGAAGACUUUCUUGACGAAUGUGGUGAGUUAGGAGCGCAACCUUGA